AUGGUCGACGAAAGAGCAGCCGAAGCAGGUUUCCUUCCCAUUUUCUCGCUGGGUCCCUCAUCUAAGAAGUCUCCUAUCCUUGAAUUUGUCAUUUCCGCAUCAUCUCCGUCAUCGCCAACAGGCAAUACUUUGGCGACUUCUGCCCCUAAUCCUAGACCUAUCUGGGGUAAAUCAUCGUCUUCAUCACUGUCGUCCGUCUAAGGCAGGUCUCACUCCAGCCUUUCCGUCUCCAGGCAACUCCUCAUCCAUUUUCAACACGCCGGGUCCUGAGAUCCUCGUUCCUUCUUCUCUAUCUUUAUCUUCAAGAGUGUUAUCCUGAUCAAAUUCCUUGUCUCGAGCGAGCUCAAACAUUUCGUUAACAAUCUGAUCAAUCUUAUCGUCUGCCUUUUGCCCCUUUUCUUUGGCAUCUUCGACAUCAUUUUCAGCUUGAAAUACUUCUUCGAGACCACUGAGGUCCGGCUUUACAGCAACCCCAACGGUUUCUUGUCCAGUGUUCCGCUCAGAAUCGGCUUCCCUGGAAUCAACGUAGUCGCUAGCAGUCGGUAGGAGAGCAGCGCUCAUGUCAAUUGCGUUCUCAUCGUAGCUGGCCUCGAUGUCAUCGCUCCUGCUCGCUGCUGCUUCCGCUUCAGUAGCAGACACACGAGCUUCAUCUUCUCUCGUUGGCUGUACAUCAAGGUCCGGACCUUUGAGUGGACGAACCAAAUGCUCAAAACCUAA